CGGAAAUUUCCAUUUCGGCCGAGAGAGUUCAAUUGACGCCGGUAGUAAGUUAUCCUUCUCUUUAUGAAGUCAUUUAUUUUGAUCAUUUUGUUCUCACAAAGUAAAUCCACAAUACAAAAAGUUAUUUUAAAUGCUAAAUUUAUCGACAACCAAAUACAUCUGAAGUUUUAUUAUGAAAAAAAGUGAGAAUACUAUAACAGCUUGAACUUUUUCAUUAAUACAUUUAACCGAUUGCAUUUUGUUCUUGUUACAUUGAAAUCAGCAUUGUCAAAACACUAUGCACAAACUAUCAAUAAAAACCCGAUUGUCUAGAGUCAAAUGGACCAAAGCAGUGUUAAUAGUGACUGUAAUAGUCUUUGUGUUUAUACUCAGGAAACGGGUGAUCAUGAAACUCAGGAGUCAGAAGGUGGAGAAGCUGAUCUAUGCAAACAUUUCGUUAGAUGUAAAAAAAAUCCAGGCCAUAAACAGUUUAUACCUAUAGACACAUUCACCUUGAAACAUUUACCUGAAGGGCAUCAAGACAAUGAUUUGUAUGAGUAUAUAAAAGUUAUAGCUGACCAGACAGUCAGAGUAAAUGUUAAAAUGAAGAGCCCACACAGACCAAAAUUUUGGACUGAUUCAUUUCAACAUUAUCCCUUUUAUAACAUGAGGAAUAUAAGAAACUUGAGGACAGGAAGUGGAAGAGUUUUGUAUGUAAACAAGUAUCAAGAUAAAGUCAGAAAAGAUGGAGAUAUUCCAUGUAGUGACUACAAAAAGUGUUGGUGUAGAAAUUGUGAAGAUUCAGACUCACCCAGCAAUAUAUGGUGGGAAUUUUAUGUGCACACUGCCACACAUGUGGUUUUUGAUGAGAUUGAGGCCGAACACGUGACCAUAAGAUUGUUUUAUAAUAGAGAUGAUAGUCCUGCUUUUAGUUUUGAUAAGGUCAAUGUUGUUAACGCUAAUAUUGCAUGUGACCUGUGCUGGCUGAAAUGUGUGACAUGUGACAAAACCUUAGGAGAAAAAAUGAUGAAAAUUUGGAAAAAUUAUAAAAUUGUCUGGAAAAAUGUCGCGACUAAAUAUAAAAAAUCCAGAGAUAUACAUAAGUUGACUUUCAUAGUGUCACACCCUCAUGGAUGUUCUAAACAGGUUAGUUUUGGCCAAUGGAAGGACAAACUAAAGGUGGGAGCAAGAACAAAGUUUACUUACACAACUAGUACAUGUCCAGGAAGUAGUGGUGCCUAUGUCCAGUGUGUUGGUUACAAUGACGUAUGGGGCAGAUUUGGUUUUGUUCACAGUGGGUCAAAAGCUGGAUUAAAUUACAGUUGUGCUGGCCGCGUAUAGUGUGGUGUUUCACCUGUGACGUAGAAAUAAGUUUCUUUAAUUAUAAAACGCUUUGAAUUUUUUAAAUCUUAUACCUGCUUGUAAAACAAUAAUUCUAUUAUAUGUAUAUAUUAUGAAAUAUAUAUUCCAAGAUAUAUAGUUAAAAAUGUAUUACGUUUCAAUUAACACAAUGUAAAACGGAUAACAUUUAUAGAAAUCAAUAGAUUGAUACAAUACAAUUUCUUUGCUUCUUUAACACUUUUGUUUUGGGAAUAUUUAGAUCUAAGUCUACCAGUUUUGCAUCAUUUUUGUUUAUGGAUAACUUAUCUUAAAAUUCUCACUUUAAUCUUUGACAACGCUGUUUAAAAAAAUAUGAUAAUGUUAAUACUAUAUUGAUAAUGACAUCUCUUUCUCCCUCGUUCUCUCGCUCAUUCUUUUGUAGUUCUAUGUCUUUCCGUCGCUGUCGCGCUCUCUCUCUCUCUCUGUCUUCCUCCCUGAAUUACUAUUCCUUACUUUCUCUCUGCAGUUCUCUUUCUGCUUUUCUUUCUCUGUCUUUCUUUCAAUACGAGUGCUGUCAGAUUAAUUUAAAUGCCAUUUAAUUAAAGUUUCUAGAUCAGAACAUCAGCAAACUUUAAGUCUUGAGUUAUCAUAAAAUUCAAAAAAACAUUUUUUAGCAUCAACACAUCAACAACUUUUAAACGUUUAAAAACAUUUAAGAAAAAAAUAUCUUGUGCUGUAGAACCAACUGUAUAAAUGAGACUUAUUCUCAAGAAGCGUACCUACAUAAUUAUUAGUAUUCAACUAACGCUUGAAAGUAUUUUUGGUUUUAAACGUUUAAAAAUUCGUGAUUUUAUUCAGUUAGUUUUCUUACUAUUUUUUGUGUCAAACCACGUUAACGCACAUUGAUGUCCCGGCAUAUUGAUAAUUCCUCUACAUGAGGUACACAAAAAUUACUUACUGAGUAAAUAGAACAACUAAGCACUUUUUACUUUCAAAAAAAAAAUAAUAAUCAGUUAUAUUUAGCAAAGCGAUCUAUUUAUUUUUUUCAAUUUCAUCCCAAUACGUUUUCAUAAAUUCAACCUAGAAAUGAUAAAUAUUACUUAUUCGCUUUAACUUUAAUCACUUUAAUAGUUUCUUAGGGUGCGUAUCUUUCGUUCUAAUCUUCCUGAAAUCCAAUCUGCACUUGCUAGCAUUCUAUUCAUAGUUAAAUAUAUAUUCCGUUAAAUCACAAGAAGAGAUUUUCAAGAUCAUUAAUAUCAAUUCAGCAAGAAAAAAGAUUUAUCAUCUAAUUUUAAUGUCAACGUGGAUGACGUGAUAGCAGUCAUAUCCCAUUCCGUCUUACAUUUCUCGCACCUUUUUCUUCAACGUCCAAUAGCAUAUCUUUAAAUAACAAUCUUUUCCAUCCUGCUAGUUAUCAAGUUCAACACAGAAGAAGACUAAAUGAGAAAGCUGGCAAUCUUGCGAUUUCAAAAAUUACCUUAAGAAUUGUUGUAAAGCAAACAAUCUCGUCGCACUGACCUUGGGUUGUUUGCAUAUACUGUCGGUUUGUCGUAAAGCAGUCUUUUGUAGUUGCAACUGUCAACUAUUCUCGACCAUGCUUUUCUUAUUGUUGCAUAAGUGUGUACUAUGAAUAGGUCGAAUAAAGAAUACGAAAGAAGUAAUUCAUUUCAUUGUCUUUGUAAAAAGUCUGUAACUUGUGUUGUUUUUAUGCAAUGCCUGCAAUUAAUCUGACUUUUGUUCCGGAAUAAAUGCAAAUUGGUAAAUCAUUUAUGUAAAUUAAAAAAAGAAGUGGA